UAUUUAUUAGGCAGUCUGUACUAUUUAUUAGGCAGGGCUACCAGACAAUCGCUCGCGGUCUCUGAAAAAAGAAUACUACACUAAUUAAAAUACACUAAAUUAUAACCACUAAGUAAUCUCCACUAAAGCAAUACCUCCCAAUUCAAUGGUAACAUUAAGUGAAUUUAUUACUACCUUUCAACAAGCAAUAACUCGUCAAGAUGCUUCGACAUUAAUUACAUGCCUCAGUAUUCAUCCAAUCACUCAAGAUGGUCCUAUACAAGCCCAAUUUAAUGAACCUAAUGAUUUUGAUUUAUAUAUGGUAACUGAAAAGUUUCGACCUAUAAUUAAGAGUCAUUUAAAACUUAUGAAAUGUGUAUAUAGAUCUAAAGAUAUAGAAGGAGCAUUUCAAGAAUUAAAUGAAAUGGUUAAUCAUCUUAUAAGAGCUGGAGAUAAUCAAACUAAUUGGAUUAAUAUUGCUUUAAUUAAUUCAAUGAAUGAAUUAAUAGCAGUUUAUAAAGUUAAACAACAAAAAUAUCCUGAAGAUAUAUCAAAAUUUCAAUUUCAAGAUGAUUUAGAAGUUGGAUUUGAAAAUAAUUCUAAAUUAAAAAUAUCAAGUUUAGAAUCUCUUGCAAAUACAAUAAAUAAAGCAUUUAAAUUAUCACUUAAUGAUAAGAAUUUAGAUUUAAAAUAUAGUAAAAGAGUUGAUAUUUAUUAUUUUCUUGCUAAUUUAAUUCGAAUUUAUUUUAAAAUGAAUAAAUUAGAAUUAGCUAAAUCUCUUGAAAAGGCAUUAUUAGGAGCUAGAUUUAAAUUACCAAAUUCUAAUGAAAAUACCAUUAAUAAGAAAUAUUCAAUAAUUUAUCUUUAUUAUAGUUCAUUAUUAUCAUUAGAUAAUGGAGAAUUUUUAAAAGCUGAAGAGAAAUUAAUUGAAGCUUAUGAUACAUUAAAGAAAUAUGGUCAAAGUAGUAAUUUAAAACAAUAUCGUCAAAUAUUAUUAUUAUUAUUACCAUUAAGAUUAUAUAAUCAUGGCAAAUAUCCCAAGCAUGAAUCAUUUUGGAAUAAUUAUCCUGAAUUAAAAUUAAUUUAUAAAGAUAAUUUAUUUGCUAGUAUAAUUCAAGGAGAUAUUGAAAAAUUUAAUGAAUCAAUAAAUAAAUUUGAAACUAUAUUCUUAAAGAAUCAUCUUUAUUUAUUAAUUGAAUUAUCUAGACAACAAUGUUAUUUAAAUUUAUUUAGAAAGACUUGUAAGAUAAUUGAGAGUUUAAAUGAUAAACAAGCACAAAAACAUAUAAUUCCUAUUAAUGGAUUUCAAUUAGCAUAUCAACUUUCUAGUAAUACUAGUCAAGAUGAUGAUAGUUUAGAUCAAGUUGAAUGUUUAUUGGCUACAUUAAUUACUAGUGGUAAAAUAAAGGGUAACUCUCCCAAUCCUUCAUCUCCUGCUAUAUCCAUUACAUCUGCUUCAAAUCAUCCUUUUAAAUCAAGAAGUAGAGCAGGUACUUUACCUUCUUCAUUCUUAAAUACUCCAACUAAACCUAAUACAACUACAAAUAUUAAUGGAACUUCUAUAUCUAAUUCAGCUUCUCCUUUAGUAUCAGGAUUAAAUCAAGAUAUAGUAGUUAAUUUACCUACUUUAGAUGGUAUUUCUUUAGGGAUAUCUCCAUCUCCUAAUGCUAUUGAUAUUCCCACUGUUCAGACCAAUUUAAGUCUUAAUCCCAAUGCAAAUCCCAAUGCAAACCAAAAUGCAACUGCAAAUGCCAAUCCUAAUUUCUCAAUCCCCACAUCUAAUGCUAGAAGAAUGAGAUCGGGAUCUUUAUUUUCAACUACAUCAAUUUGGAAUGAUGAUGCAUUAUCCAUUCAUUCUCAACAUAGUGCUGGAGGUUUAUUAGAUAAUACUAGUUUACAUUCAUUUGAUAAUAAUGUAUCAACUACAGUUUCAUCUCAACCAUUAUUAUCUACUUCAGCUAAUGGUACUAGUACUACCACCACUUUUUUAAGUCCUAUUAUGUCGGCUCAAAAUUCUUCAAGUUCAACUAAUAAUCCACUUCCUUCAUCAUCAAAUGGAUCUGGAACUAAUGGUCCUAGAAAUAGAUCGUAUACAACCACAGCUGCAAUUCCAAAUUUAAAUUUAUUACCUAAUUAUACCAAUUCAUUAGAUAAUUCAAAUUCAAAUUCAAAUUCAAAUUCAAAUUCUUCAGGUAAUAGAUUAAGUACUUCACCAUUUAUGAGUGGAAUGUCUACUAAAACAAAUGAUAUGAAUGUAUUAUUAGAUAAUCUUAUGCUUGGACAACCCAUGUUAGCUCCUACAUCUAAUAGUAAUGUAGCAACUUCACCUAAUCAUACUAAUCUUCAAUUACCAAGACACAGAUCUCAAACCUAUUCAGGUUCUACGCCUACCAUUCCCGAAUCGACGUUAAAUUACCAACAGCAGAUCCAACAGCAUCAGAACCAAUUCCAACAACAACAACAACAUCACCAACAACAUCAGCAGCAACAGCAACAGCAACAACAACAACAGCAGCAGUAUCAACCGUAUCAGCAACAGCCUCAACAACCACUCCUUACCGACGACUUUGACUUCUCCCAAAUCGUCCUUACUACCAACUUUGAGAACCCAUCUCUUGGACCCACCCGAUACUUACUCAUUGAUAAUUUACCACAGUUUAUUGAUUCUAUUAAAUUAUGGAAUAUCUUGAAUAAUUCCUUAGGUAAUCAAAGAUCAUUUGGUAGUAUUAGAUCCAUUAGAUUAGCUUCAACCACGACAUCUAAACAUGCAUUAAUUGAAUGUACUAAUCUUGAUACAGCCAUGAGUUUAAAGGCUAACUUUACUCAUUUAGAAAUUGUUCCGGGUAUAAUCUUAUAUGUUGCAUUUGCUAAGAUACUUGAUCGUCAAAUAGCUCCUGCUCCAGUUACAGUAUCAGUAUCUACUCCUACUACUACUGGAAGUAGCAGUACAAGUGAAUCAGUAGCUAUUAAGAAUAGUAAUAAUAAUACUAACAAUAAUACUAACAACAAUUCCAACAAUACAAGCAGUAACAAUAACAAUAACAAUAACAAUCUUGUGGUUAAUGAAACAGUCAAACCAUCCCCAACUGAUCUCAUCAAUAUCCAACCAAACUUGAUGAAUUCAAUUAAUAAAUUAGUUACUAAAUCCAAUCAUGUAGAUUUAGAUAAGAUAGUUUCAAUAAUUAAUAAGUCAUUAAACUAUCGUCAUGAAAAUUAUCAGAAUAACUUUGGACCUUUACCAGAUCCAAUUCCGUUAAGACAAUUUGAUUCCCCCAAGUUACGGGAAUUACGAAAGAUUUUAGAGAAUAACGAGAAUGCUUUGAAUAAUACUAAUAGAAGUCCAUCACCAGAUCAUAAUUCUGGUGGUCCCACCAGUACCACCAGCACCACGAUCAAUGAAAUUGGAAUUGGAUCAGAUGAAGAAUCUAAUGAACUUAGCAAUAAGACCAUGACACAAUUUGAAUUAGAAGAACUUUGUCUUGCUAUGCUUGAUGAAUUACCCGAAUUAUGUUAUGAUUAUCUUGGUAAUACCAUUGUUCAAAAAUUAUUUACUUUAGUUGAAUCACCAUUAAUUAAAUUAAUGAUGGUUAAAGAAAUUGCUCCUUAUUUAACUCAAUUAAGUAUUCAUAAAAAUGGUACUUGGGCUAUACAAAAAGUAAUUAAUGUAUGUCAUGAUGAUUUACAACAAAAGUAUCUUAUUGGAGCUAGUUUAAAACCUUAUGCAGUUAAAUUAUUUAAUGAUCAAUUUGGUAAUUAUGUCCUUCAAGGAUGUAUUAAAUUUGGUUCCCCAUUUAAUGAUUUUGUAUUUGAAGCAAUGUUAGAUAAUUUUAUGGAAAUUAGUUAUGGAAGAUUUGGAGCUAGAUGUAUUCGAACUAUUGUUGAAACUGCCAAUGAAACUGAUUAUAUUACUAAUGAACAAAUUGUAUUGGUAGCUUCAUUAAUUGUUGAAUUUUCUAAUGAAUUAGUUAUUAAUAAUAAUGGUUCAUUAUUAAUUACUUGGUUUUUAGAUACUUUUAAUGAUAAAGGUGCCACAAUAGAUGAUAGAUAUUGUUUAUUAACUAAUAAGUUUUUACCUAAUUUGGAAGCCUUAUGUACUCAUAAAUUAGCUAAUUUAACUAUCUUAAAGAUUUUAAAUAAUCGUUCAGAUUUAAAUCUGAAACAAUUAAUUAUGGAUACAAUCUUUGGAAAAUUUGAAGAUGCUCGAGAUUUUGAUAAUGAUAAUAUUGAAAAAUCAAAACUUUUAGAAUUAAUUUUAACUGAGAAUCAUGAACAUUCUGCUGGUCCUUUAUUUAUUUAUAAGAUUUUAACUAAUCCAUUCUUAUUAACUUUAAAUGAUGGAGAAAUUUCAGAUACUACAUUAAAUGCUAAAUAUCAACAAUUUAUUACUUUCCAAAUUAGACGGAUCUUAUUGGAAUUAAAUAUAACUAACUUUCAACCUUAUAAGAAAUUAAUGGAAGAAGUAGGACUUUCAUCAAAUCGUUUAAAUAGAAAUGGUUCAAUUAAUAAUAAGAGAAAGAGAAAUGGUAAUGGUAGAGGUCAACAACAUUCUCAACAACAACAGAAUAUUGAUCCUCAAGCCAUGAUGAAUCCUUAUCAGUACUAUAUGCCCCAACAGUAUCAACAACCUCCACCUCAUCAACAAUAUAUUCCUCCUCAACAACAAGCAUAUGCUCCUAACCAAUUCAUUCCUCAAGCAUCCCAGGGUCUUUAUCCAGGCAAUGUCCCACAGGGCUAUCAAGUGCCUAUGACAUACCAACAAGACAUGUACCAACAGCAGCAGCAGCAGCAGCAACAACAACAACAACAACAGCAAUUGCAGCAACAGGAUACAGCCGUCAUGCAACAGUUGGAACAACUCUCACUAAGCUCGGCUGCGUUAGGGUACAACUCGAACCCAGGCACUCCUGGACUUGCCUCGGGCCAGAACAAGAGUCUGUUUUUCAGCUGAACCUGAACCUAAACUAAAACUAUGUAACUCCGGCUAAGUCACGACUAUUAGCCGGGCUCUCUAUUUAUAUAUAAUAUAGUAAUACAGUAAUAGUAAGAAGAUUGAUGUAGUGGUAGUAAUAAUGUCGUGGUGAAGGAGAGAAUAAAUGUCGCGUACUGCACACAAAAUUUUUCACCCAGUUGAACAUUUCAAACUCAUCAUUACCAAUUAGUAGUACUAAUUAACU